AUGGACAAUACAAAUGAAUAUUUGCUUAGCUAUAAAGGAUAUAAUUUUUUGAAAAAAUUAGUGAACAUUGAGCAGUUAGAAAAGCUGGAAGAUUUUGAAAUUAGAGAUGAUGAUGUUUUCAUAGUCACAUAUCCAAAAUCUGGUACCGUUUGGCUGUAUCAGAUACUUAGGUUGAUUUGCUAUGAGGGCCACUGGAACAGGACUGGAGACAUCAAAACUAUCAUCAAAACACCGUUCUUUGAGUACAUGUUUUAUCAUUUAGACAUCAUUAAAAUGCCAUCACCUUGCAUCUUCACGUCCCAUCUUCCAUAUUACUUAGUACCACAAUAUCUCAGGAAGAAAAAGGCUAAAAUUUUUUAUAUUUACAGAAAUCCCAAGGACAUUCUGGUCUCAUAUUUUUAUUUUUUUAAUUGGUUGGUUGUCUUUGAAGGUACAGAUACUUUGGAACAUUGUCUGGAAAAAUUUCUAGAAGGAAAAGUGGUAGGAAGCAGUUGGUUUGAUGACAUUAGAGGCUGGUAUGAACACAGACAUGAUUUCAGUAUAAUGUUCCUGAGCUAUGAAAAUAUGAAGAAGCCACCUGUGUCAAUACAGACCACCUAA